AUGAGUCUCAAGUUCUACUAUAAAACAUACUCAACGGCUGAUUUAACCGUUGCGGUCCUGGCUGAGCUGGAACAUGGACUGUCUGAGCCUAUCGCGGAGAGAAUCGAGGUUGACCUCCAGAAGGGAGAAAGCCGCACCCCUGAAUAUCUUAAGGGUGUGAACCCCAAUGGACUUGUUCCGGCUAUAGUCCACGAUGGCGUAAGCAUUUGGGAAGCUUCCGCUAUCACUAUGUACCUCGGUGAAACCUUUGGGGUUGAGCGUCCUGCCAAUAACAAAGAAGCGCCGGUACUCUACCCCCCUCCUGGUACCUCCCGUGGAAAGGCUAUGACGUGGAUUGUUUGGGCAAGCACCGAACUUGGGAAGAAAGGCGUUGCCCUCGGAGAAAGUCAAGCUUCCAAGUCAAAGGAUCAGUUGGACAAGGCAAUGAGCGAGCUCAAUGAGAAAGUACGCAUUCUGGAUAAUUCUCUUCAUGACCGGGAUUACAUCCUUGGGGACUGGUACUCGAUUGUUGACACGCAUCUCUGGGCUACUGUCAGGUGGCUGACUUACAUGGGUUUGGACCUGGCUGCGUUCCCUACCCUGGAGGCCUGGAAGAAGAAGAUUGAACAGAGACCGGCUAUUCAGCAGCUUCAACAGCAGUAG